UUUGGAGAUAAAUGCAACUAUUCACAUGACUUACAGAUCUUAAUUAAACAUCGUCAGCCAGAUAUUCCUGGAAAGUGCAGAAACUUUGAGCUGUAUGGAAAUUGUCCUUACAGCAUUACAUGUAGAUUUGGCAAACAGCAUGUCACUGAAGAUUUCAUAAAUGUUACAACACAAUCUUUCAAUGGAUCAUACAAUGAUCAAAUCAUGAAUAUUUUAGGUAAAUCUUUGCAAGUUAAAGUAAGGAAAAAACAAUUUUUAUUUCCCAAAUUUGAUGAUUACAUAAAACAGAUAAAAGAAUCAAAGGUACAAUCUCAAGAUAAAGAACAAACUAUGAAGACUUUGGGAGCUUUCACAAACAAGAAUGUGACAUAUAUCAAACAAGCAGAAAAUAGGAAUUUAAUGGUUCAAGUGAAUUCUUGCAUAUUCAAUUAGUGACUAAAUGAACAAUGCAGAUGUUUUCUUGAGAUGUUAGAGGGAAAAACCAUUAUAGAGCAUAUACAUAGUCAAAAUUAAAGAAAUAUGUCAUUGUUGGAUAUGUCAUCACUGAAUAUUGAUUAUCAGGCAAGUUAUAUUUGGCUCCCCUUACAACAUAUUUGUGGUAUGACAGGUUGGUAAUUUACCCUUCAGAAGAUUAUGCAAGUCUCAUGGAGCAGAUGUUACAUGUGGUGAAAUGGCUAUGUGUACUAAACUUCUCCAGGGUACGCUUUCCGAGUGGGCCUUAAUAAAGCGCCACUCAUGUGAAGAUAUAUUUGGUGUCCAGCUUUGUGGAAGCUUUCCCGAUACUAUGAGUAAAUGCGCCGAACUAUUGCAAGAUCAGGCUGAAAUUGAUUUUAUUGAUGUUAAUGUUGGAUGUCCCAUCGAUCUGGUCUUUAAUAAGGGAGCGGGUUCUGCUUUGAUGGAAAGAUCAAGACGCUUUAGAGAAAUCGUUUGUGCAAUGAACCACGUCUUGGAUAUUCCUCUUACUGUAAAAAUGAGAACAGGCGUUCAUGAUAAAAAGUGGAAUGCUCUUCAACUUAUUCCUAAAAUCAGAAAUUGGGGAGCCUCCCUUGUGACUUUACAUGGUAGAUCACGUGAACAACGCUAUACUAAGUCAGCAGAUUGGAAUUAUAUACAUCAGUGUGCUCAAGCCGCUUCCCCAAUGCCUUUGUUUGGAAAUGGGGACAUUUUUUCAUUUGUGGAUGUGGAGCGACACAGACAGGAAACUGGAGUUUCUGGAGUCAUGAUAGCAAGAGGGGCUCUGAUAAAACCGUGGAUUUUCACGGAAAUUAAAGAAAAAAGACAUUGGGAUAUAUCCUCAACAGAGCGAUUAGAUAUUGUCAAAGAAUACGUGAACUACGGUUUAGAGCACUGGGGAUCUGAUACUGAGGGUGUUGAAAGGACCAGGCGUUUUCUUUUAGAAUGGUUAUCAUUCCUAUACAGAUAUAUUCCCGUUGGAUUACUUGAGAGACUACCACAACAAAUCAAUGAAAGACCUCCACCGUAUUUUGGACGAAAUGAUUUGGAAACACUGUUCGCGAGCAAUAAGUGUGAAGAUUGGGUAAAAAUAAGUGAAAUGUUCCUUGGACCCGUUCCGUCUGAUUUUCAAUUUCUUCCAAAACACAAAGCGAAUUCUUACUCUUAAAAUGGAAACCUCUUAAGAAUUCAUGGCUGUGGAUGUUGAAUUAUUCCUUAGUAGAUGUGGUAGAGAACGUUGAUGGAUAUGAUUGUAAAUAGUUAAGCAUCAUUUUGCCAUGUGUGAAAUGAUAAACACAAAAUAUAAUAAUCUUUUUGCGUAUACAUUUGUAGUUCGCAAUUUUUCGCCACAGAUAUUCCUUGAAAUUAUUUGAUUAAGUGUAACCAGGUGUAGACUGUAGACAGAAUGAUAGAAUAAAUGUUCCCUGUUUUGUUUUAAGUUCAUAGAUUUUUCGCAUGAGAAAAAUCAAUGAAAGAAGAGAGAAAAAUCAAUAAAAUUUAAAAGA